AUGCACGCCCGAGGUCAAUUGAUCGCUGGGCGCACCGCAGCCCAAGGAUUGGCCCUUCGCCCGGCGCAGUCAACAUGCCGAACGUACGCGACGACGGCGCCCACUCCCGCAGUGAAGAACCCACUACAGCGACGACGCGGCGGUGAUCUCGGCUCCCAUCUUCCCAUAAACAUCAUCCCUAAAGAUGCAUACAUCCCCCCAUAUCCCUAUGGCGCCCAUCAGCUUUUCAAGCAGGCCAACAAGGGUCUCUAUGGCGACCAGAUGAUACGUUUUGGCAACAAUGUCUCCAAAGACACCGAAACGAAGACACGGCGCAACUGGAAGCCCAAUGUGCUCUCCAAAAGUCUAUACUCGGUCGCACUGAAGAAGAAGAUAAAGCUGCGCAUCACCGCCAAGGUUCUCAAGACAAUGGAUCGUGAGGGUGGGCUGGACGAAUACCUGCUCAAGGACAAUGUGGCACGCAUCAAAGAGCUUGGGCCAAUGGGAUGGGCACUGCGAUGGACACUGAUGCAGAAGCCGGAAGUCAUCGAUCGGUUACGGGCAGAAGCUGCGGCUCUUGGCAUAGACCAGGCCACAAUCGACAAGCAAUGGCCUACACCCCAAAUGAUGGCCGAGGAAAAAGCUGCCCACGGUACGCUCUCCCAAAGCAUGCCCGACGGCGCGCAGGAGGACCUAGAGUUCAUGGAGACGGAGGACCAAGAGAUGUGGUCCGGAGAGGAAGUCAAAGAUAUUACCGACCCAAAGAAAAAAGGCCCAAGAGCGUACAAAGUGCGAGCCGAUGCCGCCCUCGAGUACUCCAAAGCAGUCAAGGCCGCAGAGCGUUACGUAUCCCGCGACGCCGUCGACAGCAUAGAAGAGGGCCUCAAACUAGCCUUCAUCCGAGCCAAAGAGCGCGAAGCAGAGAGACUCAGAAAGAAACAGAUAGUGAAAGAAGCAGACAUCACACAGCAAGACCUAGAUGAAACCAGGUCGAAGUUCAACCUCCCUGACAUCAGCGAUAACGCCGCCAGGAGAAUCACCUUCAACCAGCGGAGACGCAAAGAGAUCGACGAAGCCGGCGGCAUCGAAGCCUGGAGCAAGAUCAAGAGCGCCGCUCACGACGCGAAGGUAGCAGAAGCAGGUGGCAUCGAAGCUUACAAUGCCAACAAGAAAGCCUACAACGCUUCUCUCAUCGCGGAAGCGGAAACGGCUUCUACCAACGAGAACAUGGAUCCCGAACGAAGGGCAUACCUCGAAACCGCGCUGCUGAAGGCGGAUCUGGCUAUCAAGCAUAGGCUUGCUGGUGGUGAGGAGGAUUACGUCGAGUCGAUUUUGGAGUUGGACAGGGAUGGAGGUCUACGCGCGACUGGUGGUGGUAGUCUGAGUGAGAUUUAUCGGGCUGCGGAGCGGGAGAGGAGUGCGGGUGGUGAUGCUUGGGGCGCGCUGGUUAAUGAGAGUAAGAAGGGUGAUGAGAGUCGGCCGCGCUCAUGA